CCAUCAUAACGGACAUGAAUAACACUGUAAAAGAAGAACUUUACAAUGCAUUGAAUGAACUCCUUGUGAAAGAAUUAAAAGAAUUUAAAUGGAGGCUAAAUUCUAUUGAUUAUAAUGCAAAGCCAAACAUUUCUAAAGCUUCACUGGAGAAAGCAGAUGCACAAGACAUUGUAGAUCUCAUGAUUCAACAUUAUGGAGAAGAUGCUCUAGAGGUGUGCAUUGAUGUCCUUCGAAAAUGCAAUAGAAAUGAUCUUGCAGAAAAACUUGAAGAAACUGGACAGAAAGAUGUUGAUGCUCACCAACUUCCAGAUUUAUCAGCAUACAGAAACUACAUUAAAGAAAAAUUUGAAACAAUGAAAGAUCCUAAUGCUGUUCCAGGUGAAUAUGUACACUUGAAUCAGAGAUACUCAAAGCUAAUGAUCCUAGAUUAUCACCCAUCUAAGGAGGAGAGAGAACAUGAAAUUCUUGCUAUGGGAUGGAAACAUCGUGAAAUCAUCAGAAAAAGAGCCGAGUCUUCCACCAGCAUUGAAGCAUUAUUUAACCCUGAUAAACAUGGAUUAAUUCCACAAGUUAUUGUGUUACAGGGAGCUGCAGGAAUUGGAAAAACCAUAAUGGCCAAAAAAAUCAUGUUUGAUUGGGCUUCUCAACAACUUUACCAGGACAAAUUUAAUUAUGUUUUCUAUAUUUGCUGUAGAAAGAUGAAUCUCCAUGCAGAGGCAGAGAAGAGUAACAUUGCCAAUAUAAUUUCAGAAGGAUGGCUCAAGGGUCACACAUUGAAAAAUAUCAUUCGAAAUAUAUUGAAGAAUGAAGAAAAGCUUCUAUUCAUAAUUGAUGGGUUUGAUGAAUUAAGAUAUUCCUUUGAUCAGCCUAAAAACUACUUUUGCAUUGAUCCCUGGAAGAAGGAACCAGUGAGGAUUCUUUUGAGCAGUUUAUUUCAAAAAAAGCUUCUUCCUAAAUCCUCUCUUAUAAUCACAACAAGACCAACAGCUUUGAAGAAACUCCAUCAAUAUUUAGAGCACCCAGGUUAUUUUGAGAUACUGGGAUUUUCUACAAAGGAAAGAGAAGAAUAUUUCUACAAUUUUUUUGAAAAUAAAGAACAAGCAACUCAAGUUCUCAGAUUUGUUAAACAAAAUGAUACGCUUUUCACCAUGUGUGUCAUUCCCCUUGUGAGCUGGAUCAUCUGCACAGUAAUGAAACAGGAGAUGGAGAGAGGCAAAGAUCUUCAGAAGACACCAUACACUCUCACUGCAAUCUAUAUGCUGUAUCUCUCCAGUUUGUUAAAGUAUCACCAUAAAGAAUCCAAACAGGAUGUCCAAACCAAUGUGAAAGGCUUAUGCUCUUUGGCUGAAGAAGGAAUCGGGAAACAGCAAAUACUUUUUAUGGAGGAAGAAGUCAAGAAGCACAUUUUAGAUCAGGGAAACUCCCUCCCCCUUUUUCUGAAUCAGAGCAUCUUCAAAAGGGACAUUGAUAGUAUUCCAACCUAUAGCUUCAUUCAUUUAAGCUUCCAGGAGUUUUUUGCUGCUUUGUUUUAUGUCUUAGAAGAAGGAGAUGAGCACCAUUCUCAAAAUCUGAAUAAAAAUUUGCAGACAUUAUUAGAAACACGUACAUAUUUUAGGACUGAUUUUGCAGUAGGAUUUCACUUCCUCUUUGGUUUUUUAAAUGAAGGGGAAAAAAUGAGAGAGUUGAAAAAAGAAUUUGGAUGGAAAAUUUUUCCUAAGAAUAAAGAAUUCAUGUUAGACUGGGUGAAAAAUAAUAUAAACAAAAGGGGAUAUUAUUUUAAAAAAGAAAUGUUUAGUUAUUUAUAUGAGACACAAGAUGAUAAUUUUAUAAAAAACGCAGUAUGUGAUAUCACUGAAAUAUUUGUUCGCUGCGAGUCUGAAAUGGAAUUGAUGAACCUCAACUAUUGUAUACAACACUGUCAGAAUUUAGAGGAUCUCAAUGUUUCCUGUAUUGAUUUUCCAGAAAAUGAGUAA